CCCGCCGCUCCCGCCAAACUUCCAAAGAUGGCUGCUCUCCGUGUUUUUCCCGCCAAAGCAACGACCGUGUCCCUCACUCGUGUACGGCGCACCCCAGCCUCGGUAAUCGCCUUCUUCUCGUUGUGAUAACGAAACUAUUUUCUCAUAAACGAAGAAUCAACGUUGACGUUGACAAAUUUCAGUGACUCGAACGUGUGUGUUGUCGAGCGUGAUACAGCAAGUUAAAAAACAAGCGCUAAAGAGGUCGUGAAAAAUUAAAAAAAAAGAAACAUGGGACAAUCGGACGACGUCGAGGAUUCCACGUACAGCAGACAUCAAGAAUUAUGCCAGAAGCUCAAUAUGGACGCUACUGCAGCGUCAGAUGCCUGGAAAUCUUAUUCCACAAUUCGACAAAAUUAUACACUUGAGGGUGAUCAGCUGCACUGGAUAGGAUGUGCUCUUUACGUAGCUUGUCGGAACACAUCAAUGCCGACUGUUGGCCGCACAGGCUCAAAUGUUGAGGGAAAUUGUGUUUCUUUAACACGUCUGCUAAGGCUUUGUAAUCUUUCAUUGAUACAAUUUUUUUCAAAGUGCAAAUCGUGGGCAGACAUGGCCAAUAUGCCACAAGAUUUUCGCACCAAAAUUGACAAGAUUGAACGUAAUUUUUCGGUCUCAAUGGUGAUAUUUCAAAAAUAUCAGCCAAUGUUCAUUGAUAUAUUUAAAAAUCCGAAUGACGAUAAUUCACGGACUGUGCGUUCAAGACGGCAUAGGCCAAUGCCUUGUACACCAUCAAGGGUUUUUGAGUUCUGCUGGACGUUGUUCAUAUGCGUAAAAGGCGCUUAUCCUGGUAUUUCUGAUGACUUGGUAAACUCAUAUCAUCUGCUCAUCGGAUGCUGUGAUCUCGUUUACAGCAAUGCACUGAUGGCUAAUCGAAAGGAUCUUCUUAAUCCAAAGUUUUCUGGUUUACCUCCAAAUUUUAAUGAUGAGGCUUUUGUUCCACCCAAAACACCCAAUUGCAUCAUUGACUUACUCUGUGACCGUCACAGCGCUAUCAGUUUUGAAGCCAAAGUCAUUAAGGAAUAUACACUGAAAAAGCACAUACAUCGUCUUUUCCAGGAAAGAAUUUUGCACGGCGACCAAUCAAAUUUUUCAGGUAUCCUCGACGCAUCGAUUUUUGAUGGGAAUCACAAAGCGAUCAAUCGAGCGUACGAGCAGCAUGUACUAAGCGUUGGUGAUUUUGACGAAAGAAUAUUUUUAGGAGCCGACGCGAGUGACAAUAUAGGUUCACCUACGAAAAUGCCUAAUGUUGGUGAUUUCCGGGAACAGUUUCAACUAAAGAGGGAAGAAUUCAGUGCUAUCCAACAUCUUGCACCUCCUACGCCUUUGACGGGUAGGAAGUAUUUGAAAUCCAAAGACAAUGGUAAUUCGUCGCCCGGUUUAUCUACGGCCACACAAAGUGUCAUACGUCUUCAGGGUUUGCUCGCUGGACGUCAAGCCUCAGCGAGUGAUACUCUUUUGGAAAUGUUCAACAAUUGCUCCCAAGAUGUAAAGGCUCUCAUCGAUAGAAAAAUAUCAACAAUGAGCAAAACAUUUUACUCGACUUACACGCAAAAUCCCGAAGACGGAGACUCGGCCAGCCUUGAUUUCGGCAAACAGCGCCUUAUACUUGGGCAAACUUUGUUUUAUAAGUUGCUCGAAAUCAUACUAAUCGAGGAAAAACGUAUGAAGCCCAAUUACGAUAUUACGAACUUGCUGUUGAAUGAAAUAUUCCUUCAAUGUCUUUUCGCUUGUUGUCUCGAGAUCGUAAUUUGGUCUUACAAAAACAACGAUCGUCUUUUUCCGUGGAUACUUCAGUCUCUCAACGUAGAGGCCUAUUACUUUUACAAAGUAAUCGAAAUAAUUGUUCGCGCCGAACAGUUGCCUCGUGACGUUGUGAAACACUUGAAUAACAUCGAGGAAAAAAUUCUUGAGUCUCUUGCAUGGAAAUCCGAUAGUCCCCUUUGGCAAGCUAUAGAACAGACACCGGGUGGUGUACCAAGCUGCGCAGAUGUUUCCUUACCUGGAACUAUCGAUCCCGAUGAUUCAAAUGUAUCAGGACAACCCGCAUUAAGAAGACUUGCGAUCGAUCGUGGCGCAAUUCAAGACGUUCAGCAAAGCCCCAUAUCGUCAGCUUCUGAGAGAUUUCAAUCGCCACCCGCGGCUUCCGGAUCGAUCAAAAAGAGUCUUUUCAAUGACAAUCGUAGCAGUGGUCAGAGCAUCCUCAAAGAGAAAUGUUCACCAAAAGUUAUGUCGGUAGACGGAUCAACGCGGAUUCUCGUGGCGUUUCCGGAUCAAUCAAAUACGAGUCGUAACUCCAGUAACGUGACACCCGCAUCGUCCCAUUCACCAGCAAAUUCUUCCCAAGCGGGUAAUCGUGAAGGAAUGAGGCCACGUAAAACGGGCUCACCGGCAUUGUUUUUCCGCAAAUUCUACAUGCUCGGAUUUGUCAGAAUGCAAAAUCUUUGCAAUUCUCUCGUUAUAACUGAGACCGAUUUGAAGAAAAAGAUAUGGACAAUAUUUGAAUAUUCGAUAAAAGAUCGAACAGAAUUGAUGAAAGAUCGUCAUCUCGAUCAAAUUCUCAUGUGUGCAAUAUACGUCAUAUGCAAAUUAGCUGAUAUCGAACGCAAUACCUUUACAGAGAUUAUGAGAUAUUACAGAUUUCAACCACAAGCAGAAUCUCACAUUUAUCGAUCGGUAUUUAUUGGCAAAACUCCGAAAAACAGUACAGAUCCACCUUCGCAAACGACCGAUUCAAAUGCAAACGGGAAUGGCGGUAAUAACAGUGCCACCGUCGCACCGCCAACGCCUUCAAACAUGGCCGGAACGGAACAGAAUUUUGGAGACGAAAGACGCGGUGAUCUCAUCAAAUUUUACAAUGAAGUUUAUGUACCGGUCGUCAAAGAAGUUGCCAACAGACUUGGACUCUCGCGUUGUGGAUCAGUAACCAGUCUCACAUUAAGUCCUUUACCGAGAAGUCAACCGACCAUCAAUUCCCCCGUUAGACGCGUCACGAGUAGCGUCAUGACACGAACGCUUGAUCCAAAGGCAAUUACAGCCUCGGUCGCACCUCAGCUCACUUAUUGCUUCAGCCGCAGCCCUGCCAAGGAUCUCGAAGCCAUCAAUCGAAUGAUGAUAUCCGUCGAUGCUCGUAAAGCUGUUGGCAAGAGACUGCUAUCCGACGAAAUGGACAUAGAUCCAUCCAACGACGGGGGACCCUCUCCUGUAAAGAAAACGCUUAACACACCAUUUCUUGCACGAAAACUUGAAAAUCUCAUCGGUGAACGUAGAACCCAAAAUCAUUAGAUUGAAUCGAGUAGAAUUAUACACGGUGUACACACACGCGCGCGCGCGCGUCAUGUAUGUAUGUACGUACACAUAUGCACAGUUAAUGACUUGCGAAAGUUCGCGUGAUCACAUCGCGAGAGAAAACUCCGAUUCCCGAAUACUUCAUUUUCUUAAAGUUCCAUCGAUCGAUUUUGUAGUUGGUUCAAAAAGAAACAGUAAAAAAAAAUAAACGACCUCAGGACAUCAAGAAGCACAUUAGGAUCGAAAGCAAAUUGUUUUAGAAAUUAAUAAUGAAUUUUAUACCAAUCCGGCUAAAAUGUGAACCAAUUUAUCGCUGAGAGAUCUUAUCGAAAAGAAUGUUGUUGUUAUUAUUAUUAAUAAUAUUAUUAUUAUUUCUCGCGCAAGACAGCUAUACCGCCGUUUUACAAAACUCGUGAUUAUUCGCCUAUCUACAAGUAGUUUUUAAGUAAUUUCUCUUUUCUCUGCCUGUCCCCCGAAAAUGAUAUUUUAUAACUUUUUGAUCUCAUAAGUAGUUGGUCUUAUUAUUAUUUUUUUUUCUAUUCAACUUCGUAAAAUUAAUCGUGCAUAAAAAGAAAGAAUUUAAUUAAAUUUACGCUUUACUAUGAAGCAUUUGAAUGAAAGCAAUGAUGGAAAUUACAACGCGCAAAUAUUCGUCUGCGGAAAUGUUGGAAAAAUUUUGAUAAACCAAGGGGCAGAACAACACUAAAGAACUUAUGUUUAGUUCUAUUAUUCACUUAGCACGCAGGUUUUGAAUGUAUCCAGAAUACAUUUAUAGGAAUGUUGAUAAUCGUGACAGGGCUCUGUAAAAUAUCAUCAGGAUAUCUCAAAUAUAAUUAUUCUGUACAUAAUAAUUAACCUCGAAUAAUAAAGUAGGAGUGAAAAAAAACGUUUAGUCGCUUUAUUUGAAUUUUUCAUAAUUAUUCCGCACAGUCCAUACAUCUGAUACAAUAGAUCUUCAAUGGUUGAUCAUUUUUGUUCGGUGUUCAAACAGCAAAGCAGAGCAAAUACGUACUCUUGAGGUUCAUCGACCAUAAAAAAAGACUAUUAUUGAGCAAUAGAUCCCGGAAACGACAGAUCGAUAAAUUCAGUAAUAGUAUGCAAUUGAACCGUUUUUCCUCCAGGUCAUGAAGAAAAUAUCAGAGGAAGUAAUGAUCUAGAAAUUUAGAAAAUAUAAUUUUCUUCACAAAUAGAAAAACGAUAGAAAAGUUGUCUAUUAUUGAAAUUCAAGAGCAAAGAAUAAAAAAUCAUCUGACGAUUAAGGUUGUUUAGAAGCAAAUCACGUCUUAUAAAAAAAAAUUUCAAAUUUUUACAGUGCAUAGUCAAACAUUGGAACUAUGUCUCUAUAAAAUUUUUAAUCAAUUUGGAGCUUAUUUUUGAAGAAAAAAAUCACAAAGUUCUGUACUUCUGAGCGGCCGACUGCAGUCUGUAAUGGACGGAGCCAUGCGCUAUCUCAGUAAUCUUGAGAUAAAACUGAUCGUGCCAUUAACCCAUUAACGUCCAAGCGUCCCAAUUUUUAAAUAAACUUUCAACGCGAUUAUAUUUUAUGUUAUGGGCGUUGAAAAAAUGUUGUUUUCAGAUAUAUCGACGUAGAAUUUUAUGCUCUUUCAGAAUACUGGCUCAAAAUUCUAAUUAGACAUAAAGAAAAAAAAAUAUGGCCGAUUCAAUCGUGAAAAACGUGAACAUUUUUGAAAAAAACUUUUUGUAUUUUUUUUUUGCAAAGAUAAAGCAAACACAAAUUUAACUGAAGUAGAAACAGUGACCGGGCUGUCGGCACCCUUUUCCAUCAUCCUACUGACCACAGCUUUUUCGUAGUGUCUUUUUUAGUAAUUUGAAAUCGAACCAGGAGGGAAUUUGAGAAAAAAAUUUCAACCCCAAAUAAGGACCACCCUAAAAGCAUAUCGGCUUAUGCAACUUAUCUUUAUAUGCUAUUAAACGUAUCAUUAGGGUUUUUAAAAGCUUAAAUAGCCUGUCCUUCCUCAAAUGAAAUGACUAGUUGGAAAAAUAUUAAACCAUAUGUAUAUGUAUUGGUACCAGAGAGGCUCGUCCUAAAGAUAGACACAUUGCUCAAGUUUUUGUACAAUAACCAAAAAAUCUGAAAAAAAAAUUUAAUAAAAUCGACUUGAGGGGGCUAACACAGAA